GUUUUUGUCAAACGUUAAAGCAAAACCUGCCUUUAAACAGGACUCGUGAUUUUAUUAUAAACGUUUUAACAAUGAAAAACAUUUCACCCUGACGCUGAGAUUUACAAAGAGAAGCAUCAUGAUGCAUUAAACUCUGAUUAAUGCGCCUGAGCUUCGUAAUGACUUCGGUUCUUUUCGAAGGCGGGUUCCAGCUUUAACGAGGUUGUGUUGUGCUCUUUGUAGUGCUGUGCAUGUCAGUGAGGGACAAGACACAAUAUCCAUGUUUCCUGCUCUGUCGACCCCAGAAAUUAUGUUUAUAUAUAGAACAGAGUUGCGGUAAUUGCACUUAAUGCUGCCUGGAUUAUGUUUUCUAUUAACGUCUUGAGAAAAUGUUCAUGAACGAAUCUGGAAAGUCACAGAAAUGUUGAUACUUUACAUUUUAUUUGUUGUCUGCUAAAAAACGUCUGAUCGUGUGACUCCAGCUUUGUUGUGUAAACAUGACCACAAGCUGGAUGUCAGGUCGUGCUUAAUGUGAACAUAAUCUAGCCAGCGAUUACGUUGCCAUGACAACGCACUUGGAAAAACAAUCGAGUCAUAUAAAUAUAUAUAAACAUAAUUUGUAAGAGACAUCAUUUAUAUUCGUCUAUAUUUAUGUUCAGCGAGCUGUGAAAAGUGAAUGUUCAUCUGUUCUUCUGUUCAUUUAUUUUUUAAACAGAUUUGCAAAAAUACUUUUCUUUUUUUGUUAAAUUCAGAUGUUAAAAUUUCUCAUUUAGUAAAAGAAAACAAACAAAAACAAAAACAUAUCUAAACGAAAAUGCUCUAAACUGAAUGUAACAUUUGCUCACUUUUCCCAAAGCUUUCAACCGUAUCUCACUGCCUUCUUCAGCCUUUAGUUUACAUGACGACAGCUGAGCAAGGUUUGCUGAAGAUGACCGUGAGAUACAGUUGAAAGCUCUAAAAAUAGAUAGUAGGUGAACCUUGAGUUUAGAGUGUUUUAUCACAGUUGUGUUUCCAAGGUCAAGAAUGAAUUGCAGCGCUCAAAUCAAUAUAUACAUAUUUUAUAUGAAAUUAUAUAAUAUUUAUAUGUUAUAUAUUUUUAGAUUUUUUUUAAAUUAGGCCGUUUGAGCAGAACUGUAGAUUUAAUGCAGAAAUAUAAAUCAUAAUGGUAAGUAGAAAUUCAAUUAACUCAAAUCCUCUGGUGCCAAAAAAAACUUUUUUUCUGAACUUGUCAGACACAGUUUGUCCGUUGUCAUGACGACCAGAGUCGGUCAGAGUCCAAAAUAAUGUUGUAGUCGGGGUCAGCAGAGUCACACUGACCACACGGGGUCAGCAGAGCUCUGCCUGCACCGAGCGACCUCGUCCUGUUCACUGGGUUCACUCCACAUCUCAGCUCAGAUAGAGACGAAGUCAUGUGUCUAUUGGCUCAUCGUUAUAUCAGAUGGUUAUGAUGGAAUAUUUAAAAAAAUCCUCAAAUCAUGUUAAAGUUAUAGCAAAAAAAAAAAUAGUUUGGUUUUUUAUUUAUUUAUUUAUUUAUUUUACUUGAAUUAUUUAAUUUAUUUAUUGUUCUUUAAUAAGAACUUUCUAACUCUAAUCCUCUGGAAGACGGAAGAAUUGAUUGUUGAUCAGCAGUAAAUGGUUCAAUACAAAUAUCCGAUUAUUUACUGAUGGGUGAGAUCAAACACGUUAAUGAACUCAGCUGAAUACGGUGACUAAAGAGUGUCUAUAUUUUAUAUUUAUUUACCUACAAUUAUUUUCAAAUGGACCAAUCAGAGAUGGACACUCUUCAGUCACACAGAAGGUGAGUGGCGGCAGUUUGAUUUUUCAGUUCAGUAUCAGACAGAAUGAGAAAAUGUUUCCCGCUGUCGUUCAUGGGUAAAGAUGCACUUUUGUUUUAAUUGAAAUGUUCUUUGUGUUUUUUAAAUUUCUCUCUUUGUGUUUUUUUCAGUUGCUGCGUCUGAAUCCAGAAUGAGCAGCUGAGGCUCUGAAACAAGAUCUCUCCACGCCCAGCUGAUCACCCGACCUGAGGACUGCUGACCAAUCAGACCAACCGGCCAUCAAUACUGAAGGAUUUAUGACGGGAGCGGUCAAAGGAUGGAGGUAUUUCUGGAGCUCAUUGGCCUGGUUGGAGCUCCGAGUUUCUCAUGGCCAUAAAGAGGAACCUCCAAACCCCCGUCCAAGCCCAUAAAUACCCCCCAAAAGAUCUGAGGUUUUAGUCUGUGACUCCCUCAGUGUCUCCCAGUCCUUCAGUCAGUCUCUGCUGCCCUCCUCAUCGUCACUUUGUAGAGUCUGAAACCAAAGAGAAGCCAAGAUGUCUGAGGGAAAGAAGAUGACAUCGAGCCGCAGGCAUCAUCUCAAGAGUUUGAUGCUGCAGAUCGCCGCUACCUGGCUGGAGCAGGAAGCUACCGAUAUCGCCGCCGCCAAAGAAGCUUAUUUGGCAGAGAAUUGCGCCCAACCCGACCUGAGCGGAGACCAGGCAGCUCUGAUGGAGAUCUGCAAGAAGCUGCACCAGGCCCUCGACAAGAUCGAUGAGGACAGAUACGAUGCCGAGGCCAAAGUGGCAAAGUCAGACAAAGAGAUCGAGGACCUGAAGCUGAGGGUGGUGGAGCUGGCCGGAGUGAAGAAACCCGCCCUGAAGAAGGUGCGUAUGUCCGCUGACGCCAUGCUGCAGGCUCUGCUGGGCGGCAAACACAAGGUGACCAUGGACCUGAGGUCCAACCUGAAGCAGGUCAAGAAGGAGGUCAAGGAGGAGCCUGGAGAGGCCGUCGGCGACUGGCGUAAGAACAUUGAGGACAAGGCCGACAGGAAGAAGAUGUUCGAGACCUCUUAAAGACUUUCAAAUUCAAACCCCCCCCUCCCCCUUCCACUUCCUGUGGGCUGCCACAUCUCUUCCCUCUGUUACACAUGACCUUUUUCAUGGAAUUGGAAAAACUCGUGCUAUUAAAUGUUUUGUUUUUGGAAUAAG